UUAUCACUAAUAAUAAAUAAGAUUUAAAAUUAAUACUUUUUAUGGUUUUUCAUAUUAAUGUAAUAUUUUUGUUUAAAAUAUCUACUAUGACUUCUUCAGGCUUCAGUGGUGCUUUAAAAUUAACAGAUUUAGACGAUUUUAUUACACCAUCUCAGGAGUGUAUUAAACCUGUUCAAUUCGAAAAGUCUACCCUCGGAACAGGAGCCAAGAUAAAAAUUGGAGAUGAUGGUUCUUAUUUUCAAGAAUCUAAAAAUGGCAAAAGUGAAAAAUUGAAACAGGUGGAAAUUUCUUUGACUGAUUGUUUAGCAUGCAGUGGAUGCAUAACUUCAGCUGAAACUGUUCUUGUUCAACAACAAAGUACUGAUGAAAUGAUGCGAGUUUUUGAUGCUCAGAAAGAUCUUGAUAACAAAAAAUUUAUAGUUGUUUCUAUUUCUAUUCAAUCUUGUAUAUCAAUUGCAAUUAGCAAUAAUAUCACUGUUGAAUGUGCUGCUUUAAAAUUAUGUGGAUAUUUCAAGAAAUUGGGUGCAGAUAUGGUAUUAGACUUAAAAUUUGCAGAAGAUUUAGCAUUAUUAGAAUCUCAAAAUGAGUUUAUUGAAAGAUAUAAAUCAGCUAAGGCUUCAAAAUUACAAAAAAUAUUACCUAUGUUAGCAUCUUCAUGUCCAGGUUGGGUAUGUUAUGCAGAAAAAACUCAUGGAAAUUUUAUAUUACCAUAUAUUAGUUGUGUUAAAUCUCCUCAGCAAAUAAUGGGUUCAUUUAUCAAAGAUUAUGUUUCAAAAAUCAAGAAUAAACCUAGAACAGAUAUAUAUCAUUUAACUGUUAUGCCUUGUUUUGACAAAAAGUUAGAAGCCUCCAGAGAACAAUUUUUUGAUGUAGACACUCAAACUAAAGAUGUUGAUUGUGUAAUUACAUCUAUUGAAGUGGAUGCAUUAUUAGUAAAACAAAACAUUGUUUUCAAUAAUAUAGUUCCUGAAAAUUUUGAUAGUGGGCUAAAUAAUAUUCCAGAAGAUGGUUUUAAGUUACUUACAAAUAAUGGUUCUGGAUCUGGAGGAUACGCACAUCAUAUAUUUUGCUAUGCAGCUCAAGAAUUAUUUAAUAUAAAUAUUGAUAAAGUUGAAUUUAAACCUCUCAGGAAUGUUGAUAUGAAAGAAGCUACUUUAGAAGUAGAUGGAAUUGUUGUACUACGUUUUGCCAUAGCUAAUGGAUUUAGAAACAUACAAAACCUAGUACAAAAAUUAAAAAAUAAAAGAUGCCCAUAUGAUUAUGUUGAAGUAAUGGCAUGCCCUUCAGGUUGUCUAAAUGGUGGUGCUCAAAUGAAACCAGUGGAAUAUAAGCCAAAUAGAGAAUUUAUUAAUAUUUUAGAAAAUACUUAUGAUAAAUUACCUAAAGGUAGUCCAUCAAAUAAUAACAGUGUUAAAUAUUUAUAUUCCAACUGGUUAGAUGAAAACCAUAAAAAUGACUAUUUAUAUACAACAUAUCGAGAAAUUAAAAAGAAUGAUCAGCCAUUGAGUAUCAAAUGGUAGAUAAAUAUCUACAAUAGUUUUAAAGCAGUAUAUGAAUACAUUUAUAUUUUAUUUGUUUAUCAAUAUUUAUACCAAAUAUUUUAUUAUUUAUG